AUGCGCGCCAGUGAGGAGCCGGACGACGAGUCGGCCGACGAGGAAUACGAGCCAUCGAGCAGCGAUGAAGAGGACGAUGUCGACGAGCAGGGGCACGAGGAAGUUGCUGCUGCUGAUGAGGGAGAGGCUGAGAGCGAGGAGCAGCGACGAAGCAGGCUCGAGGGGCUCUUCCAAGAAUUCAUUGCCGAAGGCGCACCAAUUCCAGUUGCUACCGAUCUACGGUGCUCGAGCAAUGCCAGAACCACUCAUUUCAGAGCAUCUACAUCGGGCUUUCGCCUGCCGAACAGUGCCGGCAUUGGCGGUCCCAGGUCGACGCCGGCCAGCAGCAGCACAGCUCCGAUGAAUGCGAGAGAUGUUCGCGAAGGAGAUGAUCAGCCACCGAAGGCACCGCAAAAAAAACGAUGUUCCAGUAGUUUGCCAGGUGCGAUCAGCAGUCUAUCGAAGAAGCCAAAAAUGAGCAUACUGGACAAAACCGCCAAAGACUGGGGAGCUUUUAAAAGUGAAACAGGAAUUCAGGAGGAACUGUUAAGCCAUAAUCGAGGUAAAAAUGGUUACAUGGAACGGCUUGAGUUCCUGAAUCGAGCCGAUUACAGGCAAUUUGAAAAGGAACGCGAUGCACGGAACGCUGCUCGUAAGAACAAUUAA